AUGCCCUUCGUAUACCACCAGAAGGGACGGAAAGCACGCCACACAAACAAGGCCUACACAGACUACAAGGCCUUCGAAACAGCGCUCUAUUCCACAGCCUUACCGCCCACGGAGAACACAACUACCGACCUGGCAAACAUGGGACGAAAAUUCCAGCGGAUAGCAACAGGUGUGUGCAGACAUACCCAAGAUGUAAGCGCUGUGCUCCAGCACACUGCGGCCCCGAAAAUGGCGGCCACACCUUACCCAGACACCAGCUCCACAUGCUCCGAGGCUGCCAUGGAGGACAACCUGCACCAACAACCAUCCCAGGACACACAGACUGACCCAGAUGCACUAACACCAGCCACUAAACUGGACAUUAAAAACCUUCUAAUGGAACUAAAACAAAUGUCCGCAGCAGACAUGGCCUUAAUGAAAACAGAGGUCCAAGCGGUCACAGACCAAGUGAAGACUACAGAAGACUACAGGAAGUGA